ACAAGGAUACCAUUGGCAUAACUUAAUUUAUUUUAAAGGUUUGUUUGGGCACAACUAAUGUGCCAUGUCUAAUAUUUACGAAAAUUAAAUAUUUAAUGUGAUGCUUAGUGUUUUAUAUUAUAUGUUUGCCAACAGAUGACCGUCAGAAGAUAUACAUUACAAUAAUAUUAUAUAUUAAGUAUACCAAUUUUAAAAUUCUGCAUCAGUCAUAAUAAUAUUAUCACGAUGGACAUUUGGAACGAAAACAACCACGUCUUCAACAUUAGAUUGGCAAAGCUUAUAGGAUUGUUUCAAAUAUUAAACCCUGGAUCCAUUAAAUUUCUUGGCCGAAAUGUGUACCACAUUGUAGUGGCAAUCAAUAUGCUUUUUGUGUGUAUCGUCGCGAUGGUCUUCUUCGCUAGUGGUGUGUACUAUUGGUCGGACGGUGUUCUUGUAGGCGUAGAUUAUGGUUGGAAAGGAAUAACCGCGUUGUUCCUGACGUACAAAAUGUGGAAAGUCGUCUACCACUCUAACGACAUAUGGGACUGCUUAACGAUCACGCGGUACGAUUUUACAUCGCAAAACCUCCGGGACAGACAAAUUUUAGAUCGUUGGCGAGAACGUUCGGUGUGGAUCACGAACACGAUGGCCAUUGCGUAUUUGAUGUCACUGGUGAUUUUACUGAGCGGUUCUCUGAUGUUCCGUCACGAUACAUUGACGGUCAAAAAUCACGACGGUUCGGUCGGCAAUUACCGACAGAACAUAAUGAAUUUGUAUUUCAUAGUAACUGACGAAACGUACAACGCGCACUACAAAACGUUUUACUUCAUCGAGAUGUUGUUCACCGUCGGCGGGGGAACAUUGUUCACCGCAUUCGAUGUUCUUCUUGUGACACUGUGCCUGGCCAUAUCCUGCCAGUUUCAAGUGGUUAACGCUAAGUUCGAGUCUGUCGGAUAUAAAUCGCUCUGUGACUCUCGUACCAAAAUUUCUGAUAACAAAGAUGAAAAACAAAAUAUAUCGAACGAACACGAUUUAAUAUAUGACGAAUUAAUAUCAAUUAUAAAGGAUCAUCAAGAAGUUAUAAAAAAGAUUCAAUCAUAUUCGCAUUGUACAGCAGUAACUGGACCGAAAUGAAUAUGAAGUGUAAAAAGUUGAUAUUAUUGACAAUGAAAAUGAAUAAUGCUAACCAAAAAAAGUUAAAAUUUACAAGGACAAAAAUUGUAAACUUGGAAUUGUUUUAUAAUAUAAUCCGUAGUUGUUACAAUGUUGUGUGGUUUUUAAUAAACUAUAUAAAAGUAAAGUAUGAAUUAUAAUUUAUUGUUGAUCAUGAUUUAUUUAUUUAGUUAAGUUGUACGUUGAUUGCACUAUGAUUUGAUUAUCGUCCAAACAAAUGUAAAUUCUAGGCAUACAUACUUAAAUAUUAACAAUUAACAUAGUUAAUAGAUUAAAUACAUAUAGGUGCGGGCUGUGGAUGAUAAUUGUUUUCUGUAUAAAGAGAACAAUUAGAAUCGUUCUGUUUUUUUGUUUAUAGAAACUUAUUAAACUAUGAUGUAUUAUGUAUUUUGUGUGU